AUGUCUCUGUUGAGCCUACCACGGGAGAUACGGGACAGUAUGUACAGCCCGCUCAGCUUCACGGCGCCCAAGCCAACCGACUUUCCAGUGAUCAUGGCCACCGUAGUCGUUAAUGAUCAACCAUUCCGCAUCAAUUCGAUACUAUCCAAGCACGACGUUGUCGCAAAGUCCAGUGCAGGCAUUCGGCAAUCCUGCCGCCAAAUCCGUGCCGAGUAUGCACAAAUCCUCCGGAGAGCAGCAUUCACACCGGGAACCAAGACUGUUGCACCAGUCUUCAAUUUCGACUUUGGAGAGAUGAUCACAUUUGCCAAGACGCUGAAACCUCACGAGAUUUCCGCCGCCAACCGCAAUCAAAACCUCUUGGUAAACUUGUUCCUGUUCGACGUCAAGGCACUGGAUGCUCAACGACUCCUGCAAUGGGUUCAACUGUGCGAGACCAUUGGACUGGAGGUGAGCUAUGUCUUACAAUGGACAGCUCAUGACAUCAACCAAUCCAAGGAGAUCGAGGUGGUGAUUGGAGAUUAUCGCGAGGGGAGGAAGAUUGUGAAGGCUCUCACCGCGAAGUCGUCGGUGGCUUGGAACUGGGAUAAAUACACGUCGAACCUAAAGCAACGCGAUUGA